AUGGUCAUGGAUGAUGAAAUUGGAGAAUUAUUUCUGCAGAACUUCCUACCAGUGCUUUCUAAAAAUGACAUCUGCCCUGCCUUCAUAGAGAAAAUUGCCAUAAUAUUCUUUUUUGAUGACUUGUUUCAUUUGCAAGAAAGGUGGAACAAAACAUUUCAAAAUGUUAUGGAGAGUAAUGCAAAUGCUAUUGUUGUCUAUGGAGAAACCAGGACCAUGUUAAGUCUGAGGGGUUUGCUGCAUGAAGGUGAAACUGACUCUGAGAAAGCAUUUGGUAAAGUGUGGAUUAUGGCAUCACAAUUGGAUAUUGCUGCAGUGCCCAUUCAUAAGGACUGGAGUAUAGAAGCUUUCCAUGGUGCCUUAAGCUUCACAACUCACUCAGAGGAGGUAUUGGGUUUCCAAAUGUUUCUUCGAAACUUAAGGCCUCAUUUAGUCAAGGGGGAUGGUUUCAUCCAACUAUUCUGGGAGCAAGUAUUUGGCUGUUCAUUUUCAAAUUAUGAUUCUAAUGAGGUUGAUGCAGAAAUCUGCACUGGGGAAGAGAGUCUGGAGAGCCUCCCUGGGCCUUUCUUUGAAAUGAGCAUGACUGGUCAUAGCUACAGUAUCUACAGUGCUGUUUAUGCUCUGGCAAAUUCUGUACAUGCCAUGUACUCAUCCAGAUCCAAAUCCAAAGUGCUGGCAGCCAGAAAGAAUCUGGAAUAUAACAAUGUGCCGGCAUGGCAGCUCCAUCCAGUCCUGAGGAAUAUCACAUUGAAGAAUGGUAUUGGAGAAACAAUGGUUUUGAAUGAGAAUGGAGAAUUUACAAUGGGGUUUGAUAUUACAAAUGUAAUUACCUUCCCAAAUAACUCAUUCGUUAGAGUGAAAGUUGGAAGGAUGAAUCCUUGGGCUCUGGAAGGCAAAGAUUUCAGUAUUGAUGUAGUGGCCAUUACAUGGCCAAGAAGCUUUAAUCAGGUAAUGCCCCUUUCUCUCUGUAAUGAUAAAUGUCAUCCUGGUCAUCAGAAGAAAAAGAAGGAAGGGAUGCCUUUUUGUUGCUAUGAUUGUGUUCCAUGUCCAAAGGGGAAGGUUUCACCUCAGAUAGAUGCAGGUUCCUGUAUUGCCUGUCAAGAAGAUCAUUAUUCAGAUAAAGAACAAACUCAUUGCAUUCCCAAAGAAGUAACCUUCCUGUCUUAUGGGGAGCCUUUGGGGAUAAGCUUAGUCAUUUGUGUGCUUUUAUUUUCCUCAAUCACAGCUCUAGUGCUGGCAACCUUUAUUAGGCACCACAACACCCCCAUUGUCAAAGCCAACAACCGAAACCUCACCUACACUCUCCUUAUCUCCCUGAUGCUUUGCUUCCUUUCUGCAUUUCUGUUCAUUGGUCGACCUGAGAAGGUGAUGUGUCUCCUUCGUCAGGUGGCCUUUGGCAUGGUCUUCUCAGCAGCUGUGUCUUCUGUGUUAGCAAAAACCAUCACAGUGGUUCUGGCUUUCAUGGCCACCAGGCCAGGAAACAGCAUGAGAAGAUGGGUAGGGAAAAGAGUGGCCAACUCCAUUGUUCUUUUCUGUUCCAUUGUACAAGCAGGCAUUUGUAUUGUAUGGUUGGCUAUGUCUCCCCCUUUCCCUGAUGUUGACAUGAAGUCAGUGGCUGAAGAAAUUGUACUGGAAUGUAAUGAGGGGUCUGUGACUAUGUUUUAUUGUGUCCUGGGUUAUAUGAGCUUCCUGGCUUUUGUGAGCUUCACUGUGGCUUUCCAGGCUAGGAAGUUGCCUGACAGUUUCAAUGAAGCGAAGUCCAUCACUUUCAGCUUGCUGGUGUUUUGCAGUGUUUGGUUAUCCUUUGUUCCAACCUACUUGAGCACAAAGGGGAAAUACAUGGUAGCUGUGGAGAUCUUCUCCAUCUUAGCCUCCAGUGUUGGCCUGUUGGGUUGUAUCUUUUUCCCCAAAUGCUACAUUAUUGUACUGAGACCAGACCUGAACAAAAAAGAUAAGCUUAUCAAAAGAAACUGCUAA